AUUUGAUUGUAUUUUUUCCAGUUAAAAAUGCGGGAAAUGUAAAAAAGUUUCUGACGAUGACGAUUUCCGAAGAUGAAUUUACGCGGCAUUGUCUGCAGACAGCCGUUGGACAGGUCUGUCAGGCCAUUGGAUGGAAUUCGAUUCAUCAGCAACCGCUGAAUAUUAUGGUUGAUGUACUGCAUAAGUAUAUUGAGAAGAUAGGUAGAAGUUGUAAAAACUAUGCCGAACUAUCUGGAAGAACUGGACCUAAUGUUCUAGAUGUUGAGGCAACAUUUGGCCAGAUUGGUGUUGACCUAACAGACUUAGAAGAAUACAUUCAACAUUUCGAGAUUUUACCAAAUAAAGAUGUUCCCGAGUAUCCAGCUAAACCAGAUGACCAGCUCAGCUUUCUUAAACCAGGGAGCAGAGAAGUGCUUCAAAGACCAAUCCAUAUUUAUGAUUAUCUUCCACCUAUGUUCCCUGAAAUGGAGGAAGAAGCAUCUUCUCCACAGCCUUCUACAGCUGAUGAUGAGAACAAGAAGCAUGAUGUUCCAUCCACCCCUGGCGGGGGAUCCAGAAACCAGAAGAGGGACAGUACAGGAGGACAGGAGAAUACCAAGGUUGGUGAGGAUAUGUGUCCUCUACGUGAGAUCUCUAGUGUAAUGAUGACCAGCUCAGGGUUCCUUUCUCCUUGUAGAGAAGGAAAACUAGCAGACUCAAGAACACCACAUCAGGUGCCUGAACCCGAGGAGCGUAAGUCCGCUAAGCGAGCUCUGGACGGUAAAGAGGAGAAGAUGAGCUCUAUGGGAUCAGGAAAUAUUAUGGAAUCUGUCCAGAUUAAACAGGAAGUUGAAGACUUUGAAGACAGUAUCGAGGUUCAUCAGUUAAAGGAUGAAACAAAGCAACAGCGGUGUUCCCCGGGACAAUUGGAUGAAAUAAUACAAACGGUGGUGGACAGGGGACUCAGAAAAAUGGAUGAUAUCAUCAAAACUGUCAUUGAUCGGGGACUCAGGGAAAGUGAUCGAUUACCAAGUCUUCCGAAUCAGUCGCCGGUUAGUUUCAUUCAGAACAAACCGGUUCAAACCAAACCGGUUCAGAGCCGACCAGUUCAAAACAAACAACCUCACACAAAACCAGCACCGUACAAGCCAGUUCAAACCAAACCCACGCCUACUCCCAAGCCUGCUUCCGUUCCCAAGAUUGUGCGGAACAAGGAGGAACCAGCUGAACCCGAGGAUAGGGGGGCAGACAAACGGAAACGGAAAAAUAACAAAAGGCUCGGUUCACCCCACUCUGCCAUACCAGAGUUAAUGGGACCUAAACCUCCAAAAAUGCCAAGAAUUCCAAAAAUUACAGAUAAGGAUAUCAAACUUCCUUCUGCUGCUAGCUUUGGUUUACCUAACAUCAUUCCAGGCCUAAUUCCAGGGGGUAACCCUCUGAUUCCUGGUCUUUAUGGAUUUGGGAUUCCAGCUGCAGGUCAUCUUAUUCCAGGAUUGAACCCCCUCCUGACUCCUGGUCUCUACCCCCCAGGAGGAGUAGAUGAGAGUAUUGCUGCGGAUGAUGAUGAUGAAUUAGAAGAAGGAGAAGUAUCUCCUCCGCGAUCCCAACCUUUUACUGAUUAUAAUAUAGAUGCUGCACCCCCAACUCCAGAAAUGAACGUUGUGUCUAAAGUAAAAACUGAAAAACUAGACCCGGAAGAGGAACAUCAACGGGAAAAAGAACGAGAAAUGGAACGCGAACGGGAAAGAGAAAGAGAAAAAGAAAAGGAACGAGAAAGAGAACGAAUCAGAGAGGCGGAAAGAAUAAGGGAAAAGGAACGUGAGAAAGAAAGAGAACGAGAAAAAGAAAGAGAAAAAGAAAGGGAAAAAGAAAAAGAACUGGAAAGGUUAAGAGAAGAGGAAAAAAUUCGCGAAAAGGAAAAAGAACGAGAGCGGGAAAAGGAAAAGGAACGAGAAAAAGAAA